AUGGCCUUCGCCCUAUCACUAUACAUGCUUCCUGCCAUCCUUGUCUAUCGGGUAUUUCGAAACUAUCGCAAAAUGCCCAUCAAAAUAUUACACGCUGUCCUGCAUAUCCUGGCAUUCCUGUUUGCCGUGGUCGCAGUCAAAGCAGUGUUUGAGUUCCAUGACAGCCGACGCAUUCCUAACCUCUACAGCCUACACAGUUGGAUUGGACUAGUUGCACUCGUUCUGUUUGGUGUACAAUGGGUUUGUGGUCUGAUUACCUUCCUUGUACCACAAAUACCUCAACGUCCACGUGCCACCUAUCUACCCGUUCACGUGUCUUUUGGGACUGGCCUGUUUGUUCUCAUGAUUGGAGUUUGCAUCUCCGGAAUCACCGAGAAAAAUCUGUUCUCCCAGGCUUAUCCAUCUCUCCAGACCCGAGAAGUGCUUGGAAACGUGUUGGGCGUAUGCAUUGUUUGCUUCGGUGCUGUUAUUUACUAUUUGGUCACGCAUCCUCAGUAUCGUCGAGUUGAGGUGAUCUCCCCGGAGCGUCGUGCUUUGAAUCAACAAUAA